UGAUCCCGUUACAUCAGCUACCAUCAAAUGGACUUUAAUAGCUCAGUUCGAGUCGGGUUUCUCCUUUCAGCCGUGCUAAUGAGGCGUUCUUCAAUAUAAUACACCCAGAAAAAAGAAAGGAAGAAAAGGAAGGAAUCCCUUUCCCCUUCUCUUUCUCUUUGUUUGAACGAAAUACUGUUUAUUUGAUUGAUUGUUUUAUUUAUUUAUUUAGAUCACUGGCCUUACAUUGCACACACACUUCUUCUUGUCUUUAAAAAAAAAAAACAACAAAAACAAACAAACAAACAAACAAAAAAAGGGCAAACUCCUCUCAAAGAGAACAAUUGAUCAGGUCAUUUUUCAUGGGCGCACCAGCAAGCGAUGAUCAGUGCAUGUGUGUGUAUUCGUGCUGCUGAUUUAUUUAACGUUUUUGGAAAAUGCCCUGGAAUUUUGAAGCUGAUGUGAGACUUCGCACUGCCUCGUUGGUUAUUAUUUUAAACUUAAAAAAAAACAAAACAACAUUUUAAAUAUGUAAUUUUUGAAAAGAGAUCUGAAACAGGAUGAUUCUUAGCUCCCCCUCAUGCCUCCUCUUUAAUCUGAUGUGUGCGUGCAUGUUGUGUGUGUGUGUGUGUGUGUGUGUGUGUGUGUGUGUGUCUUUUCCCAUGUUUUCAGGUUUGUGUGAUUUUGCCAAAAUGCAACAUCAUCAGCAGAGGAUGGCAGCUUUAGGGACGGACAAAGAGCUCAGCGACUUACUAGACUUCAGCGCGAUGCGAAACAGCGAUUUGAAAACGUUCCCAACAUCAAUGAUGUUUUCUCCUCCGGUUAGCAGUGGGAAAAAUGGACCGACCUCACUGGGAAGUGGGCACUUCUCCGGCUCAAAUGUGGAAGACAGACUGAGCUCAGCGUCCUGGGGAAACGGCAGCCGCAUAACAAAGGUAUACGUCGAGGGCUCUCAGUACUCUCACAUGGCCGGCCGGGACUUAGGGUCGCACGACGGGAUCUCUCCGCCCUACGUGAACUCUAGACUGGCAGGUAAAACAGAAAGAGCAUCGUACUCGUACUGUCGUGACUCGAACCUACACGGGUGCCAUCAGCAGGGCAUCAUGGGAGGCGAGAUGGGAAUGGUGAGUCCCGGGACGGUUUCCCCCACUAAGCCAGGCUCUCAGUAUUAUCAGCACUACAGCAGCAACCAACGGCGAAGACCUCUACACAGCGACUCUAUGGAGGUCCAGACAAAGAAAGUGCGCAAAGUUCCGCCCGGCCUGCCGUCCUCGGUAUACGCACCGCCUGCCAGCACCGCAGAUUAUAACCGAGACUCGCCGGGAUAUCCAAGCUCUAAAGCACCCAGUGGCAGCUUCCCCACCUCCUUCUUUAUGCCAGAUGGUCAUCACAGUACAGACCCAUGGAGCUCCUCCAGUGGUAUGAAUCAGGCAGGUUACAGUGGAAUGCUGGGAAAUUCCUCCCAUGGCCCUCAGAGCAGCAGCUACUGUGGCCUGCACCCACACGAGAGACUUAGCUACCCAUCACACUCCUCAGCUGAGAUUAAUCCCAGUCUUCCUCCGAUGUCCACUUUCCAUCGCAACAACGGCACAAAUCACUACAGCGCGGCCUCCUGCACAGCGACCACGAACGGAACAGACAGCGUUAUGGCUAAUCGAGCGCCAAGUGGAGCAGGAAGCAGCUCACAGACUGGAGACGCAUUAGGAAAGGCCCUGGCUUCGAUCUACUCUCCUGAUCACACCAACAACAGUUUCUCCUCAAACCCCUCCACCCCAGUGGGAUCUCCACCCUCACUCACAGCUGCAAGUUCAGCCGUCUGGUCCAGAAAUGGUCAGGGAGCCUCAUCCCCAAACUACGAGCCUCCUAUUCACUCACUGCAAAAUCGUAUAGAGGAUCGUCUGGAGAGACUGGAUGAUGCGAUUCACGUCCUUCAGAGGCACGCGGUUGGACACGGGGACCUGCACAGCCUCAUCACGCCAUCACACACGCACUCGCAUUCACACACACACUCGCACUCACACACCCACAACGGAGCCAUGGGCACCCUGAGCACCAGCUACGGCACCGGCCUGCUCCCGUCCAACAGACACUCACUCAUGGUGGGGUCUCAUCGUGAGGAGGGAGUAGGGUUGCGUAGUACUCACUCCAUUGUGCCCAAUCAAGUGCCCGUUCCUCAGCUGCCAGUUCAGUCUGCCACCUCACCAGAUCUCAAUCAGCCUGAUCCAUACCGGGCGCUCUCCAGUGGACUGCAGGGCCAGAGCACGUCUUCAGUGAGCUCAGACAUCAAAUCGGAGGACGAGGGAGACGAGAACCUGCAGGACGCCAAAUCCUUGGACGCCAAGAAGGAGGACUUGGACAGCAAGGAGCUGAAAGCUAUAGAGAGGUCAAGAUCUAGCACCAACGAUGAUGAGGAUCUGACUCCGGAGCAGAAGAUCGAGCGCGAGCGCGAGAGACGGAUGGCGAACAACGCGCGAGAGCGUCUGCGUGUACGAGACAUCAACGAGGCAUUUAAGGAGCUCGGGCGCAUGGUGCAGUUGCACCUGAAGAGCGAUAAACCGCAGACCAAACUGCUCAUCCUGCACCAGGCCGUCGCGGUCAUUCUCAGUCUCGAACAGCAGGUCCGAGAGAGGAACCUGAAUCCAAAAGCGGCGUGUCUGAAAAGGCGAGAGGAGGAGAAAGGGUCCUCAGAUGCCCCGCCCCUCUCAAUGGGUGGAGCUCACCACAGCAUGGGCGACGCCUCCAAUCCAAUGGGACAAAUGUAAAAAGCCACACCUCCUCCCUAAAAUGGUCAAAGCUGCCAGACUUUAUGAAAAUGAUGAGCGACCACUUCCUUUGACGACAUCAUUUCCUCUCCUGAAAGUCUGUUAAACAAUCAAAUCUGACCAGAUCGAUCAAUCAAUCAAUCAGAUUACUGAUGAGUCACCUUAUUUUGUUCAUUCCUCUCCAUGAUCCCGUAUGUUUCCUUCUUCUUCUUUUUUUUUUUUUUUUUGACAUAAUGACCUUACAUGUGCAUUGGCUAUGGGGAAAAACAAAAUCUUCUCUCCUUUUCAACAUUCCCAGUUUUUUAGGAAAAAAAAGAGAAAAAGGAACAGUAAAUAUUUAUAAUGUUUGGUUUUUUGUUUGGUUUUUUUUUUUCAUUUCUUUUAUUUCCAAUAUGUGCAAAUGGUUGGGGAUUCUUCAAACAUAUCACGAUGUAAAACGUUGGAAAAGAGCUGUUACGGCUUUUACUGGCAAAACUAUUUAUUUUAUUUUUCAUACCGUGGACAAAAAAAAAAAAAAAAAAUCCUCUCGCACUUUUCUCUUUCCAAGCGAGUAGAUUUGUAUUAUGGUUUCUCGGAAUAGAGGGAGAGUUAGCCCCAACGACAGUGUACAAUUUCACAAAGUGGUGUAGAAACUUUGCAAUAACACUCAUUUAAAAAAAAAAAAAAAAAAAGAAAGAAAAAAAAAGUGUACUUCUAGCACAGCGGUUCAAGGAGAUGCCACUGUGUGUUUUAAAAGGCGUGCGAGUACAGCGGGACAAGAAAUGACUUUUAACCAGCAAACUCCCAGGUGAGAUGGAGAUUUUAAACAACUUCGAAGGUCAUUCCAGCACAUUAAACAGAUUUUAUCUUACCGAAUGGCGACUAUUGCAGAGAAGAUGCUUUGCUUUUCAGAAGUGUAGAUAUUUCAACGCUAAUCUCUCUUCUUACAUGUCGGAAAGGGCCACAUCCAGCGAUUUAAUCACCAAACCAAACCCUUUUUUUGUUUUGUUUGUUAGUUUGUUUGUUUUCUUUUUUUCGCCCCACGUCUCUCUCUCUCUCUCUCUCUCUCUCUCUCUCCCUCUUUGUCCGUUCCCCCUCGUCAUGCCCCCAGCAAAUGCAAUUUUAAACACGCUACACUUGUACCAACGUGCCUUUUAGAGUUCAUAUCAUCACACAGUGCGAGAAGGACGUUAUCAGAAACAUUUUUUUAGGAUGCAAGCUUAGGGAGAAUCGUUAGUCAUUAGGUCUAUGCAGUCAGGUGUUUUACAGCCUGGGAUUUAAAAAACGUCAAAAGGAAAAAAAACGUAUUUUUUGGAUAAACUGUAUUUAAUGUACUGUAUGCCUGUAUGUAAUUAGAAGGCGUGUCCUGGACAGAGU